AUGGAAAGGCUGUGGUUCUCUUUGCUGUUGCUGGCAGCAGCAUGCAGGGGACAGCCGUGUCCAAAACGCUGUAUGUGCCAGAGUCUUUCUCCAUCGCUGGCUAUCCUCUGCUCCAAGACAGGCUUGCUGUUUGUUCCUGCUGCCAUUGACCGGCGUACCGUGGAGCUACGGCUCCAAGAGAACUUCAUCACAGCUGUCCGAAGAAAGGACUUUGCCAACAUGACCAGCCUGCUACAUCUGACCCUGUCCAGAAACACCAUCAGUCAAAUUCUCCCUUCAGCCUUCAAUGACCUGCGGCGAUUGAGAGCACUCCACCUAGACUCUAAUAGAUUAACUAUGAUCAAGGAUGACCAUUUCAAAGGACUAACCAACCUUCGUCACCUGAUCCUUGCCAACAACCAACUCCACUCCAUAUCUCCCCAUGCCUUUGAUGACUUCCUGUCCACGCUGGAAGAUCUUGACCUCAGCUACAACAACCUUGCUCAGGCACCCUGGGACACAAUUGGGCGCCUAACCAACGUCAACACCCUAAAUAUGGAUCAUAACCUCAUAGAAAAUGUUCCCCAAGGGGUAUUCACCAACCUACACAAGCUGGCUAGACUAGACAUGACAUCCAACAAACUGAAGAAAAUUCCCCCAGACCCGUUGUUCCUGAGAAUCCCAGUUUAUGCCAAGUCCAAAGGCUCCCCCCUCACCUCCCUGGUGUUGAGUUUUGGUGGCAACCCCCUUCACUGUAACUGUGAACUUCUGUGGUUGAGAAGACUGACCAGAGAAGAUGACCUCGAGACAUGCGCCUCUCCCCCUGACCUCAGUGCCAAGUACUUCUGGACAAUACCUGAAGAGGAGUUUAUUUGUGACCCACCAGUUCUGACCCGUAAGUCUCCUCAUACAGUUGCUAUGGAAGGCCAACCUGCCAGCCUAAAGUGCAAGGCGAAUGGCGACCCAGAGCCUGAAGUCCACUGGAUCAGCCCUGAAGGGCGACUUAUAUCUAAUGGCUCCAGAACUUUGGUUUUCCCCAACGGAAGCCUGGAGAUCAAUGUGACGUCCCUGAAAGAUUCCGGUAACUUUACCUGCAUUGCCUCUAACGCAGCAGGUGAAUCCACAGGAAGGGUGGAGCUAGUCGUCACGGCGAUGCCCCAUCUGGCCAACAGCACAAGCCGUAGCCGAGACCCAUCCUCUGACCCUGCCCCAUCUGACAUCCUAACCUCCUCUAAGGUUGCACUGCCUAACAACGAGACCAGAGGGGCUGACCGGAGGGUCUCAUUGAUGGAACUGACAGGAAACUCUGCCCUCAUUAGAUGGAGCAGUCAGACUCCUACAACUGGAGUCAGGAUGUUCCAGGUCCAAUACAACAGCUCUGGGGAUGACACACUGGUUUACAGGAUGAUUCCAUCCAGCAGCAAUGACUUCCUGGUUCGGGACCUCGCAGCUGGGCGCAACUACGAUCUUUGUGUCCUGGCCGUGUUUGAUGAUGUCAUCACAUCACUGACUGCAACACGUCCUUUGGGCUGUCUGUCAUUCACCACAGACACGGAGUUCAGCCAGUGCCAAGCACUGCACAGCCACUUCCUGGGUGGCACUAUGAUCAUCAUCAUUGGAGGGAUUAUUGUUGCUUCUGUGCUGGUUUUUAUUAUCAUCUUAAUGAUACGAUACAAGGUUUACAGCCACCAAGGGGCAGGCAAUGGAAAAGCAGCCAUUGCGGCGACUGCGCCAAGACCGCAGAGCAACGGACAAGGAGGAGGCGGACAGGUCCAAGUCCUCCCUCACUCUGCCUCAAAAAUGCCUGACAGUCAGGACGACCAAGCGCUAGCGCCGUCCAAGGCCAUGUCGCCUAGCAACACUCUGAAAGACACUGUGGCAUUGGUCGAGGAGGCGAGCAGUGGACGCAGCAUAAUGACAAGGACUGACUCCUUGGCCAAUGAGGAGUUGAUCUCGCCCACCAAAGCCCGCUUCUCCUCCAGGGUGGCUAUUGAGAUGAAAAGCAGGCCACCAUCUGUCGCCAAAGAGCCCACCUCCCCCAAGGAACUGGCAGGUAGUUAA